AUGUCUGGGCAACCGUCAGGCUCGACCAAAGCUGCCAAGUGCCAGCGUUCCACCCCGAGACGGAGUAAAGUGCCAGCCCAGCAGCAGUCGCUCGUUAUUGACCUUACCGAAGAGGAGGAAGUAGAAGAGAAGAAUCAGAUGGAGACCCACUUGGAAUCAGAUGACUACUUCGAGGUGUUGAACCUGCCGCGCUCCGCGUCAGCGUCCGACGUCAAGCGUGCGUACAGGAAACUGGCAGUGCAGUGGCACCCGGACAAGAACCGCUCGAGUCCACGCGCCGAGGAGUUUUUCAAGAAGAUCAGCGAGGCGUACGAGGUGCUGAGCGACCCGGAGAAGAGGAAAGUUUAUGAGAAAUAUGGCAAAUCGGGGCUGGAUGGGGCAGCUCCGGCUCACGAUGAACAUUUCGGGUUUAGUGGCUAUAGAGGCUUUUCGACGCAGCACGCUCGCGACAUUUUUGACGCCUUUUUUGGAGGUCAGGACCCAUUUGAAGCAUUCUUUGGGCAGCAUCGAGGGUCGCAGCGCCGUGGAGUGUUUGACGAUGAUUUCUUUGGGUCUAUGGGCCUCGGAGGGAUGAAUAUGGGCAGAGGAUUCGGUAAUACGGGCAUGCCCAUGAUGAGUUCGUUCUUUAGCGAUGGAUUUGGAGACAUGGGAGGAUCAGGUGACUUUUAUUCUACGAGUUCGAGCUCGUCGUCGUCGACUUUCACGGAUCGAAAUGGUCAUGUGAUCACGCAGAAGACGAUGACGACUACGGGUGCUGACGGACGCACGGAGACUGUGACGGAGGAGUAUCGAGAUGGAAAGUUGGUGAACUCUACGUCGUCGUCAAGUGGCAGUCGUUUGGCUGAUGCUGGACGGAUGCAGCUCGAAGGAGGAAGCCACGCCUACCAGCGUCGUGGAUCGCGUCCGAGAUACUAAAAGGCGAUGAAUUGAAAACGUUGGCAAGAAGGCACACCGAUCUAGGGACACGAAUAGAGAACGAAGAAGAAGAAGACUAGCGAGUGGCCAAUUGUAGUGUGCUACGUGGAGCUGCAUUCCCAUUUAACAAUAUUUAGCUUUCGAGGAACGACGAAGUUUUAUUGCUUUUGCUGCUACUUUCCGAACAGGAACACUGCUUCUAUGAUCUAUCCUAACGUUAAUUGUUGGUUCUGCUCCUUUUCACGCUGGAUGGUCUGCAUCAGAUGAUGAAUAAACUCGGAAGCAGUAGCAGUUCGCGUCUAAGACAAAUACGAAGUAAAAGGUUAGAAUUCGUUCAUCAUCCAUCCCAAUUAUUUAACAUACCUGAACAAAGAAAGCGUGUGCCUGGAACGGCAGCUUGCGCAGUGCUCGGCCACUGAACCCUUCGGCCAUUUCUGCAGCCUGUAGCAACUCCAAUGACAAUUCGAGGUCUUCAUUGCCAUUUUCACCACCUGGCGGGCAUGUCAUUUGGUCCACCAUUCGCUUCCUCGACGCUUUUCUUCUCAUUAAUUCUUGGUAGGCAAACAGAGGCUGCGUACUGGGCUUCAGUAUUCCCACCCGUCGAAGUUCUUCAAUGCAGCUCCGCAAAAUUUCAUAACGCGCAUGGCCCGACGGAAGUCCGAUAUACCUGACAAUGAUAAUAAGCGAACUCGUCCGAUCAUGCAGCGGCCAUAUCGCUCUACGUACUGUUUGAUGUCAGCUCUGUCG